AUUCGUUGGCAUUUACUGAGAGCUGGUUUGUUGAUGUUUUUAAUUUAUGUGAUUAAUUAAUAAAUUUAAUUAAAUUAAUAUAUAUUUAAAUUUGAUUUAUUACAAAUCUAAAAAGAAAUAAAUAAAACGAAAAAAUGGUGGUACUAAGUUCUUGCUGGUCACCAUUCAUAUGGUCAAAUUCUGUUAAAACGGGCAGCAAAGCAGUAGCUUUUUACACAGCAGCAUUAUCAGUUGUGCUCAUCACAUUGAUUACAUAUAUGCUGUGUGGUGGAGAAUCAGCCCAACUCUACUCGCCACUAUUUGAAACAGAUAAAAGAUACUCCAUGCCCUUAUUUGGUGGCAUUUUUAUAUUAUAUUUCAUACUGCUUAUAUUAGCAUCUUAUUUAGUUUAUUUUGGCAUAAAGAUUUGCACCCGUGGUUGGCUGUUACCUUGGUUGAUAUUAGCAGGAAUUGGUAUACUUUUCCAAUUUGUAUUUGGUCUUUGGCUUAUUGGUGGCUACUAUAUAUAUCUGGAGCAAACACUUUCAGCAUUGUUGAAUUUUUGUUGGAUGGCCUACAAUAUCUAUUGUUGGCUCUGUGUGUUUUCACAAUAUCAAAUAUUCCUGAUACUACAAAAUCCGAAUAUUGAGCUUCUAAUGCCUUGAACUUUAGGAAAUUUAUAUACAUAUAUAUGUGUAUAUAUAUUACAUUUAUGCGUAUUGAAAUGCAGCAUAAAAUAUUUAGAUUUAAGUUAUGAAAAGAAUCGCAUAUCUAAAUCAACAUUCC